AUGGGGAGUACGUUGGAUAAAAACUCCUCCUCGGUGAGGAAGCGGAUUAAAAACCAUACUUUUGAAGACGAGGAUGGUGAGGAGUAUGAGGGGAGCGAGUUUCACGGCUUCGGCGACUACUUUCGUCGCAAGAAGAUCAAGCUCCAGAACCUUGAUGCCGAGUUGCGUGCUUCUUCCGACAAAGCGCAAAUAUUCAAGGGCAUUGUCGCUCACAUCACUGGAUACACGCAGCCGCCACUUCACAUACUCCAUCGCGAGAUCGUUCAACACGGAGGCGGCUUCCUCCAGUAUCUGGACGGGAAGACCAUGGCGACUCACAUCAUCGCCUCGACGCUGCCACCCAAAAAGUCUGUCGAGUUUCAUCGGUACAGGAUCGUGAAGCCAGCGUGGAUCAUGGAUUCAGUCCAGGCCGGCAAGCUGCUUCCCUGGGCGGAAUAUCGCGUGCUUGACGAGGGUCCCCGGCAGAAAGUUCUCAAGUUUGAUGGCCGCCAGGGGCUUACGCAAACCAGUCCGGAAUUGAAGCAGGGGUAUCGUGAGCAAACCGACAACAGCUUUUAUACGAGCCAGAUCAAGUCUGCCGCGUCCGCGUCAUUGCCAGGUCAGGACCUCAGCCAGGUGGCAGUGAAGCUGCCGAGCUCGGAGCCGUUGAAAACUCCGGAUGGCACAACUGGUUUCCAUGGUGCCCCAGUUGAAGGUACCGAAACGGCAGCCGAAACGACGUCAAGCAAUGGUGAAAGCGCCCACGUAGCGGCGGAAGCGUCGACGACGAGCAAAGUGCCCACCUCGGACAAAUCGCCGACAGGACCGGCCAAGGCCCUGAAAAUCAUGACGUCAGAGGAGCACAACGCAUGGCUGCUAUCGGACCCAAGAUUGCGAAAAUCAUCAACCGCAAACCCCGAUUUCCUUAAGCAGUUUUACUCCGAAAGCCGACUGCAUCACCUGUCGACUUGGAAGGCCAGUCUCAAGUCUUCAAUGCAGCGGCUGGCAGCCUCAAAGGGCCUUCUUCAGCAAAAGUCCAAGAAGCGGCCAGGGGCCAGGAGCUACGUCAUGCAUGUUGAUUUCGAUAGCUUUUUCUGCGCCGUCUCCCUCAAGAAGAAUCCUCAGUACGUGGAUAUGCCUACGGUUGUGGCCCACAGCAGCGGUCCAGGCUCGGAAAUUGCCAGCAGCAACUACCCCGCUCGAGAGUUUGGCGUCAAGAACGGCAUGUGGAUGAAGAGCGCUCUUGAACUGUGCCCUGAGCUCAAAGUCUUGCCUUAUGACUUCCCGGCAUAUGAAGAGGCCAGCCGACUAUUCUACGAAUCCAUCAUGGAUGCUGGGGGUGUCGUACAAAGCGUCAGCAUCGACGAAGCCUUGCUUGAUGUGACGGCUGUCGUGCUGGCCGCAUCGGGCUCGCAAGGCUUAGACGUUGACGAGGACAGCAUACGGGGAGAGCACGAAAAAGUGGACGAGAUGGCGCGCAAGUUGCGGGAGACGAUCAAAGCCAAAACGGGAUGCGACGUCUCCAUCGGAAUUGGAGCCAACAUUCUGCAAGCCAAGGUCGCCCUACGACGUGCCAAACCGGCCGGACAAUUUCACCUCAAAGCUGAGCAGGUGAUGGAGGUCAUCGGACUGUUGAAGGUCGAGAGCUUGCCUGGGGUCUCGUACAACUUGCGUGGCAAGCUCGAGGAAAUAGGCAUCGUAUUUGUCAAGGACAUCUCGGGCGUCUCGAGAGAGCACCUCGCUCCCGGUGACUUGCGAGGACUCGGGGUACAGAUGACAAAGCUCGAACCUGUCAAGUCGCUAGGGAAUGGCCCAGAAAGCAGCCAAAAAACGCUGUCCUUUGCAGCCUUUGCAGGACCGUCCCCGGCAAAGAGACCGUCCCGAGCCGAUCCGAUUGAUGACAUGGACAGCCCGAGGAAGGCAAGAGACCCUGAUUCGCGCGGCAUCGACAAGGAUCCCAUCGCAGAAGAUCCCCUGACGCCGCGGAAAGGCAAAUGCCAUCCGGCCAUGGCCUUGUCGAAAGCAGGCGAGAUCGACUCAAAGGCAAACACGCCCUUGAACGUGUCGGGGACGCAGUUUAUAAUCCCUAGCAACCCAGAUGCGUCAGUUAUAGCCGAGCUACCGCAUGACAUCCGGAGUCGCCUGGUAGGCCAGCGGCCAAAGUCGGAGCCGUUCAAGGCGAGAAAGCAUGGCGAGGUCGGCACGGAUCAAGAAUUGCUGCCGUCCCAAGUUGAUGCCGAGGUGUUCAACGCACUGCCGGACGAGAUGAAGGCCGAGGUCUUGGCGACCAAAGGCCAGCGACAAAGGGAUGCGCAGGCAGGCGUGGUCCAAACCAACUUCAUAUCGGUCAAAGCCGUUGACGGGGAGAUUGAGGAGUUGGACGCCGACUUUUUGGCCGAGCUACCGGAAGACGUGCGGAGGGAGGUGAUGGACGACCACCGACGACGGCAACUCGCUCGCCGUUCCGGCUUGGACGCACCGGUUCGGAAACAUCAGGCGACCGACACGGAUGCUUACCUACCCGGCGGUCAGCGACGGAUCCAGUUCCCUGCACCACCUCGGAAGGUGCCCUUUGCCGGCUCCGGCCUCACGGCGACGCGUGAGAUUAAAGACAUGGUGAGCGCCUGGCACGGCGAGGCCCAAGACGAGGGGCCUCACGACGGAGACGUGGACGUUUUCGGGGACUAUCUGGCUCAGGUGGUGCUCGAGGAGCGGGAUCUCGAGAAGGCGGCCUGCCUGAGCGACGGCUCGGGUGCGAGGCACGGUGCAAGAGGCGGUGAAGCAGCGAGGACUGGCGCCUCUGGAUAUGUGACAGACGAGGCGCGAGGCUCGCCAAGGAGGCCCUUGACGGUCGCAUGA